AUGAACACAGGCCGGCAAGAACCCCGCUCGCAGUACGCAGACAGCGCGCAGCAGCAGCAGAGGCUGCGGCCGCUGCAGCGGCAAGCAGUUCCCGCGGCGCGUGCCACAGCAUCCCGCAUGCUUCGGUCCAUGCACAUGCGGCGGCGCUUCCGGCUGCCAACCGCCAGCCCCUUUGAAAUCCCCAUCACCUGCCCAGACGACGUGCUGGCCGCAGUCUUUGAGAGGCUGCCGCCCGGCGAGCAGGCCGUCACCAUUGGCGCCCUCAGCCGCACUUGGCGGGUCUGGGCAGCGCCGCGGCGGGCAGCCCUAAUGCAGGCGUGCGACGUGGUGCGGAACGCCUCAGGGCCCAGUGGGCAGCCGCGUUUGUCAAGUGCACCUGGCUGCGCAGUUGGUGGGUCUGUGUGGCGCUCCGAGGGGCGAAAGCCCUCUGCAUUCUCGCUGCCGCCCUGGUUUGUGCGCGAGGCCUGGCCGCGGCUGACAGACCGGCAGCGCCUGGCAGCCGCCAGCCGCGCCGCGGCGCAUGGCGACACCUGGCUACAGCCGUGGGCGCGCGCAGCGGGCGGGGAGCGCUGGGAGCGGCGUCUGUGCGAGGCGGCGGCGGCGGGCGGCAGCGUCCGCGCGCUGCAGCGGCUCCGCGCCGCAGGCUGCCCCUGGGACGAAGCGACGUGCGCGGCGGCGGCCGGCGGGGGACACCUGGGGCUGCUGCAGUGGUUGCGGGCGGCCGGCUGCCCAUGGGACGCGGUGACGUGUGAGCGUGCCGCAGCUGGCGGACACCUGAGUGUUCUGAAGUGGGCGCGGGGUGCCGGGUGCCGGUGGAACGAGUGGACUUGCGCUGCGGCGGCGGGCGGUGGUCACCUGCGUGUGCUGCAGUGGGCCAGGACCGAGGGCUGCCCCUGGGAUGAAUGGGCGUGCGAGGCCGCAGCUGCCGGCGGACACCUGGGUGUGCUUCAGUGGGCGCGGGGGGAAGGCUGUCCCUGGGGAAAGCGCAUGUGCGCAGCAGCGGCGCGUGGCGGCCGCACAGACGUGCUGCGCUGGGCCCGCAACGCCGGCUGCCCCUGGGACGAGCGCACGUGUGAGGCGGCGGCGGGCAGCGGCUGUGUUGACGCGCUGCAGUGGGCGCGCAGCGCGGGGUGCCCCUGGGGCACGCGCACGUGCGCAGUGGCGGCACUGGCCGGCCACCUGGAGGUGCUGCGCUGGGCACGGGACGCAGGCUGCCCCUGGGACAGAUUCACAUGCGUCGCGGCCGCCUUUGGUGGUCACUUGGAGGUGCUGCAAUGGGCGCGGCAACAGGGUUGCCCCUGGGACGCCCGGGCCUGCUGUGAGGCUGCUCGCAGGGGCGGCCAUCAGAGCCUGCUCAGGCAGAUUGACGACAGCGUCAGCAGCAGCGCGCGCGCCGGCGCCGGCGCCGGCGGCGGCUGGCUGCGGCGUCGCGCUCCCGCGUGCCUCUGCCCGGUUUGA